GAUUUUUCUUCCUCUCCAAAACAAACAAACACAGAUUUGCCAAUUGAUGGAAACUCAUUAAGUGGAGAUUGCUUUGGUUUUUUCGUGAGCCUCCAUGCUUUCUUCUACUCAUUAGUUUUAGCUGCUACUGUUGCUGCUACUGUUGCUGCUACUGUUGCUGCUACUGUUGCUGCUUCUUCAUCAAAACAAACACAGAUCUGGGUUUGUCUCAAGCCCCGAUCUGGGUUUGAGACAAACCUAGAUCAGGGCUUGAGACUACAUUUCUCCAUCCACCUCCGCUUCUCUCCUCACUCGCCAUUUCUCCUUUGAAUCAACAGACACUGUUGUGAAGAAGAGCUUGAAGCCUGGCGUCAUGGCCCCCGCACGGCUCUACAACAACGACGACUAGUAUGCACCGUCGUAGGCUCACUGUAGGCUCCGUCGCGUUGAGAUCUGGCUCUGUCUGCUCUGGAUCCGACAGUAACAUGCGUCGAGAUCUAGCUCACUAUAGACUCAGACAACAAGCUAGCCACUGAUGAGAGCUUCAUUUUUGUUCUGUUUUUUUGAACUCUUGUGGUUUUUGUUUGGUUUUUUCGAACUCGUGGUUUUUGUUCUAUUUUUUCAAACUCUUGUGGUUGAUUCUUGGUCCUGAUUUUGUUAUUUUUCUUUGUCUUGAUGGGACUGAAACUAGAAUUUUUGGUUCUCUUUAAACUAGUUCUUGCUGGUUUCUGUGUUGAUUUCGCUGGCAUUUAGGUUUUGGUUUGCUACAUAUUGAGUUUCUGAUGGUUCAGUACUGUUUCUUUUUUAUUUAUUUGCAUCCAUGUGAGUUGACUUGGUUUGAUGAAAUUUGAAUACGUAUUUGAGGUUUUUUUUUAGACUGUGAUUUAGUUUCUCUUUGUUGCGUUUCAAUGGUGUCAGAGGAGUCAUUUGGGUUUGAGAAAAACCCAGAUCUAGGUUUGAUUUGGAGAAGAAGAGGAAGGGACAAGAGAGAGACAAAGUGAAAGAGGAAGAAGAUAUGACAUGGAGGUUUUGUUGUUAGACUGUGAUUUAGUUUCUCUUUGGUUGCGUUUUAGUGGUAUUGAAGAAGUCAUCUGAGUUUAAGAAAAACCCAUAUCUGGG